ACCAAUCAGCUUACAGUGAGUAGCCCAACUCCUGUGUCUUCCGUGUGUCAGUCACGACACAGGACUGUGAACACAUAUCGGGUUUUCUUUUUUAAUUGUGUUACCAUCAGACAUAAGUUCUUCCGCGUAAGUUCUGGUACCACUUCUAACUUUGUGGUUGCUAUGGCUGCGAGUUCACGUGAGGCUGUGGCAGAGAGGGAAGUGACGACUGGGGCUGUUGUUGGGACACGUGACUGGAGCUGCACUGAUCUGUUUUGACAAGCAGUGGGGAGGGAAGUGAGGAGGGGAGGCAGACUGUAAGCAUCACGACUAGGAGGACUCACUGCUCCUUUCAUCUGCAUAUCGUCUGAAUAAUAUCGACCAUAGUCUUGUAGUUUCACAGUCAACUGUCCUGUCAGCGUUAAAUUCAUCUACUGCUGAGGAAACGCUCGCGGGGAAAACCGUUACCGUCUGAAAGCGUUAGAGUAGCGCGAGCCUGUUGUUGUUGGUUUGAAAAGUUUUAAGGAAGAUCGCAAAGGAAGUCAGCACAGGUGGCGUUUCUAACGUUAAAUAGAUGGCGACUGCUCAAAGGUUGUGGGUGGAUAGAAAGUGGAACAUACCCGUGUGAUAGCGAACAUUUCGUGAGGACAAGGAUGCGCUGAAUAUGUUCGCGUCGUAGCGAAAGAAGAAGAAGAAGUACCGAGACCGUCCGUCAUCGGUGUGUGCAGCUGAGCGGUGGCUACCUGCGCGGUGUUAUUGGGGGUUGGGAUGUUUUGGGAGGUCGUCGUCACCAGUAGACGCUCAACCAAAUCGUGACGAUUAAGUUAGUUACUUGUGUUUGCUAUCUAGCUAACGCUGCUGAGUUAGUAACCCCCCUCCCAGAGUGUCGUUGUGAGGAGCCAACGUUAAAGAGAUGGGACACAGACAUGCAUCGCGACGUAACUAUGGUUCAGGUGGUGGAAUUUGAGACGAGCUGUAAGAGUAGCCAGCUUGCUAGUUAAAUCACUAGUAGACAGAUUGGUUACUCGCUAACAAGCAGAUUGACAAGUUACCUAACGCUAACUGUGGCUAUCAGCUGUCUUUGUGUUAGUCAGUUGGACAAUACAGUGCGACUCGAUGGAAGCGUACAGUAGCAUGCUAACAAAGCAAUGCUUUGUUGUUGGAUAGGGGGCAGCUGGCACCAACACACAGGCAUCAAACCUGAUCAUAUUGCUUAGCUAAGACUCAGUCACAGAGGGUUUGGGGGGGUCCAGACACCGUUGUGUUGCUGUCAAGGCUGUGUGUGUGUGAUACUACAAGAGACGACUGAGAAGACCCUGGAAGAGACCCUGAAGGCAACCUGAUGACACUGGACAACAUGAAGUCGGAGCGAGAUGCAACGGAGGAGUUUUUUGAGUACGAUGCGGAGGAGUUCCUGGUGUUCCUGACCUUGCUCAUCACAGAAGGAAGGACACCAGAAUAUUCUGUGAAGGGCAGAAACGAGGGGCUGCACUGUCCGCCAGCCCAGUCGGCAAUGCCACCUCUUCACAAGCACGAGUGCAGCGACAAACUGCCCCAGUGUCGGCAGGCAAGGCGAACCCGUUCAGAGGUGAUCCUUCUUUGGAGGAACAGCAUCCCCAUCAUGAUCGAGGUCAUGCUCCUGCCAGACUGUUGCUAUGGUGACGAGUGCCCCCCGAGUGACCCCAUCAGUGACCCGGUCAUCAAACAAGACGCUCUGCUGCUGGAGAGAUGGACCCUGCAGCCAGUUCCAAGACAAAGCGGUGAUCGUGUCAUUGAGGAGAAGACCCUGCUGUUGGCUGUUCGCUCCUACGUCUUCUUCUCCCAGCUCAGCGCCUGGCUCAGCGCCUCCCAUGGUAUCGUCCCGAGAAACAUCCUGUACAGGAUCAGUGCUGCUGAUGAGGAUUUGGUGUGGAAGUUCUCCCAGCCGCCUUCAGAACACAUUUUCCCUGUCCCCAAUGUAUCCCAGAGUGUUGCACUGCAGAUCCGUGUCCAGUCGCUCCCCCGCCAACCCACCUACCCCACCCUGGCCUGCAGCAUCCAUACCGGCCUGCCUCCACUUUACAGCAAGACCCCCAGCCUCAACCCAAACUUCAACUGCCAUGGUGGCCUGCCCACCCACAAAAAGAGCCAGGACCCCAGCAAAGACAGCCUCCUUCACAACUCUAACAUGUUCAGCAAGAGCUCUAACUCCUUGUCUGGCCUACUCCUCAAUGGAUUACCCAUUCCUAAUCUCCCCAUCAACAACAUCCCCAUUAAUAGCCUUCCCCACACUGCUGUUCCCCCUCCUUACAGCAAGAGGAGCCAGGAGCUCGGUGGGGACCACCCAUAUCAGAAUGGAGAGCUUCCGCAGGUCAACAUCCCCCAACGUCAGGGCUCCCCGCUGUUCCACAGGUCCUCUCACUCCGCCACGCCCCCACGCUCCCACUCCCCCUCUCCCCUUCCCACAAGUAAAGCAGGGAAGUGGCUGUACUCUGCUCUCAAUGGUUCCUCUGACCCUACACAAGUAGAGGACUUUGGGUCUGGCAACAACAGCAGUGACAGGUCAAAGGGGCCCAUCCCAGAGCCACUGAGAGCUUUUAAGAAUUUCUCUUUGGCUGAGCCACCCCGUUGCCCCUCCCCAAGGUCUGCAACCGAGACAAACCCCCUGAUUGGCUCCCUGCUGCAGGAGAGACAGGAAGUUAUUGCCCGCAUCGCACAGAGGCUCAACUUCUGCGACCCCACAGCACCGCCACUCCCUCCCGGCCUUUUUGCUUCUGACAACCCUCCCAAAGCCAUGUGGGGCAGUAACCACGACGACAUAACUGCCGGUAAGACCAAAGAGCCCAAGGUACCGCCCUAUGAGUUUGUGGGACGUGUGUGGCCUAGCCCCUUCAACACGCCCACGACUGACCCUUCUUCUUUCAGCAAGCGAGAGAGCUCCUCCCCCAAACCUGCAGCAUGCAGGAAGCUGAAAAUGACUGAGACGAGAGACGUAGAGGAGGAGAGGAAUGCAGAGAAGGAGAAGGAGAAAGAGAAAGACAGGGAGAGAGACGGCUCCCUGAUCGCCCAGGCAGUACAAGACAUAACUAGACUGAUCCAGGAGAGACUGUCUGUCCCCUCCCUGUCCCCGAGGCACAGCAGGAACGGCAGCCAUUUGCACCACACGCACACAACAACAGUCACACACACGGUCCGCACAUACUCACACACCGCACACAUCCCACAAGCCCAAUACACUGCCACCAACCACGACGACACUAACGGCCACAUACCCAGCCAUGAACCUCACAGUGGCAGCAGUCGCACCGCUGCCACACACGCGCCCGUUUGCACAGACAAGCCCGGGGUCGAUCCGGGGACCGAAAGCCAUUCUCCCCGGGCCCAAAAUGGUGCUCACUUUACACUUGAAGAACCUUUAUUCAAAGACCAGUCCCACGCCCAGGCUGGUCGACGUUUACGAACUCCCCCACACGAAAAGCUCAGAAUCAGGACUCCCAGCAGCCAUGAAACCCCCGCUGCCUCCCCUGUCCUUGAGAACAGCCCAAGGAAUGCCCAGAUCUUUAGUUGGACUUGCAAUGAUGCCGGUCCUGCAAUGAACUGUAACAUAAGCCACAACCACAGCAAGCCUCAGCCUCAGCUUCAGUCCCAGAUGCAGUUCUGUGCUCCAGCACAGGCCUCCGCCCUGCAGGACGAGAACCAGGCACCAUCCAAGUCCUCCAGUCCAGGCAUGACUCCCCCUUCCACUGUCCUGCGAUCUCCCAGCCCCUCCCCGCUGCGCCCCUGCAACACGUGGAAGAAACAGAAUCGCCACUCGUUAGACGCCACAGCAACAAAGGCCUUUCACCCCUGUACUGGCCUGCCUCUGCUCUCCAGCCCUGUUCCUCAGAGGAAAAAUCAAACAGGCUACUUUGACCUGGACACCUCUCUGGCUGGCUGUAAGGGUUUGCCUUGGGCCUCUGGGAAAAGGGUGUGUCCAAAGAGAGAGGCGUACACCGAUGAGCAGCUGUUCAGUGCCAGCGCUCCACCUGCCAGUCUCAGUCUGCUGGGAAACUUUGAGGAGUGUGUGCUGAACUACCGCCUGGAGCCUUUAGGGUUGGUGGACGGUUUCACAGCAGAGGUUGGAGCCAGCGGGACCUUCUGCCCCAGUCACCUCACCUUACCUGUGGAGGUGUCGUUCUACAGUGUGUCCGAUGACAACGCUCCCUCACCAUAUAUGGGUGUGAUAAACCUGGAGUCCUUGGGGAAAAGAGGCUACCGUGUACCUCCAUCAGGAACCAUUCAAGUGACCUUAUUCAAUCCCAACAAGACAGUGGUGAAGAUGUUUGUUGUGAUGUACGACCUACGAGCCAUGCCAGCUGGACACCAGACCUUCCUGCGCCAGAGGACCUUCUCUGUUCCCGUCCGCCGUGACACAAACAAUCAGAGCAGCAGGAAGCCCCUCGGCCAGGGACGCACCUUGCGCUACCUCGUUCAUCUGAGGUUCCAGAGUUCUAAGUCUGGGAAGAUCUACCUCCAUCGGGACAUCCGUCUGCUGUUUUCCAGGAAGUCCAUGGAGGUGGACAGCGGAGCUGCCUACGAGCUCCAGUCCUCCACAGAGUCCCCUAUUGACCCACCAUUCUCUCCCCGCUGCUGAGGCUGGACUCCCUCCCUCUCUCCACCACCCGGCAGGCGACUACCGAACACACCUUGAUGCCAGCGAUAGACUCUCACGCAGCCCAUGGCUAGAUAAACUGCUCUAAAAGAGAAGCAACUACAGGACUGCAGUCAGCAAGACUUACUUGGCAUGUGCCCAAAAUCUUGACUUUCUUCCCUUCUGUCACCCAGAACUGAAGGGAGGGGGGAGGGGGGAGGCGGGCGCUAAGAGUCUGGGAGCCCCGUCAGAUAUGAUGUUCUUUGUUAAGACCUUGGAUCAAAGAGGUCGGGUCAAAGGUUACAGUUAUAGAGUAUGUUUCAGAUGCUGGUCCUCCUGGUUAAGAAGGCUUUACCAGAUAUGACAGGUUAUUGUUUCUCCUGGUGUUGUGUGUGUAUCCCCUCCAGCGUCUGGCAGGAGAGUAGAGACCAGUGAUCGUCUACAGAAGCAGUUAGACACUUGAAUUAUUUCAGCAGAGGUCCGGUUACUUUACCCUGUUUACUCAAAUCAAAAAAGUUAAUUGGACCUGUACUCGACACGAUGAAUAAGUGCUCGAUCCCCGUUAUUUCCGUUACAAAUGCAAUACAAGGCCCUUCUUAAUGGUAAAAUAUUUAGUUUUAAAUCCUUGAAGAUUGGAUUGAUUGAACUGAAAGUGAACUCUGCUUUGACCCUGUAAUUCCUGAGCCCGGAGCAGAGGGAGCGCUUAUGGAAGAGGAAGCGGCUGGCGGACUGUGGUGCAACGCCAUCCCCUCGACAAAAAAAGAAACGCAUACCAUGGACCACUAAAGAAGUUGAACAAGCAAUCAAGCCAGAUUCAACUGAAAGCAUCACAGCAGAAAAUCAGAAGUACACUGUGGAUUUUUUUUUUCUUCUCAUUAUAACUGGAAAUGAAACAGGAGAUAGUAAUAUUCUAAUACUUUUGUACUGUUACAGAACCACUUUAUUGGCAGUGUUGCAAUAGAACGAGUAACCUUAGUUUAGUGUUUACACAUUCACUUUCAGUUUACUUACAAUCAGUUUAUUUAAUAUUUAAAUUAAUAUUUCAGUUACUACUUGUGACGUCUGUCAUGCUAAGAUGAUGUAGUGCAAACUGUAUAUCAUAGUAUGUAUUUUUGACAUUAAUAUUCAAAUCUGAAAAAAAAUAUAUCUAUAUAUCUUCUAAAGCAAUCUUGAAGGCUG